CCUGCAAAAGCGGAUGGAUACCAUUUGAUGGUCACUGCUACUUACAUGUCGAGGAAAAGACGACUUGGGACAAUGCAAAGAGUGAAUGUAAAAAAUACAAUUCGAAACUGGUUGAAAUCGAAACAGUCAGAGAACUCGUGGCUAGAGGAAACUUUUUUGCCCAUUGAAGAUGAUUGCCCUUCCUUUUGGAUCUGCCUUGUGUGGAUCGGGGCAACAGACCGGGAUGUGGAGGGAAAGUUUGUUUGGGACAGCGACAAAUGCCCUGUCACGUUCUCAGCAUGGUACCCUGGUGAGCCAAACAAUUUACUAGGUGACCAGGACUGCGUAGGUCUCUUGAUUUCUGGACAAUGGGAUGACAGGCUUUGCAAUGAAAGUUUGGGUUUCGUUUGUGAAAUGGAUCAAUUAAAAUCAACAUAGAGAUUCUUGUCCUUUAAAAGUCAAGAACGGGAUAAAUAGAUCUUUAAAAUAAUGUUUAUAAUUCA